AUGUCCUUCCGGUACAGCAACAAUGAGCCGAGCUGGGUCGUUAAUAAUGCGCGUGGAUCAACUGCGCAAGCCGUCGCCAAGAACCAGAAGUCACGUUUGUUACAGCUGCCAGGCGAACUACUGAACCGCAUCUACGAAUAUGCUCUCACCGAUACCUCACCCUGCGGGCUGCAAUAUGUGACGCACUUGUCCAUCUAUGGGGAACGGAAGCGGACAUUUACAAGCGCAAAUGGCAUCGAGCUCAACAGGUUGAAAUACGUGUGCGGAAAGCUAUACGCUGAGACUGCUGGACUGGAACUCAAGUUCAACACGGUCACAUUCCGAUUCCGGGAGCCUGCAAACAGCUUCAGCGUUUUCCUAGAAGCGAGUUCACCUUCCGUGGCUGCGAUGCUGACAACUGUCAUCCUUUCUUCAUCGGACCCCAAUGACAUCCUUCCCGAACCUUUCAGGGCACUCUUGCCGGUCAUGUGGUUCUGCAAACAGAACCCGCGUGUUACUGUCAAGUACAUAUGGGAGAUAUGGCGGCUCGGCGGAUACUACGACUCCAAUCAGGCAGCUGUAUACAUCACACCACUUGCCAUCGAAAGGUUCAUGGAUAUAGGCGCUUUCCUGAGCGACUGCCUUCGGGGAAAGAGUCUCAAUAUUCCCAACCAAUACUUGUAUUACUUACUGGUCGAUCAGCUCGGCGCAUGGAGUGACCCGAUGCACAUCCGCCGGCUGGAUUUUCAAAAAUCCAGUGUUCCAAACUUCAGGUUCUUUCCAAAUGUGUCUAGUAUCGGUACUGAAUUUAAGCGGGCUGCUACGCACUAUACUACUAUACGGAAUUACAAAAUCGGCACGGACAAGGCUUGGGUGGAGUACGCAAAGUCUUGGGUUAAGGAUGGCAUCUAG